CAGGCGGCGGCUCGGGGGGGCGGGGGUUUGUAGUCCAGCAGGGAACCAAUCAUAGGCCGGGGGCCGUGACGCAGUUGCCAGGAUGUUACGGAACGGCCCCGCCCACUCUUCCCUGAGCCCUGUCAGGUCAAUGGGAGGUGGCCGCGGGCGCGCGCCUCGCAGGCUAGUGCGGGUCUCGCGCCGGGUGGGCGGUUUAACCGGCGCUCUCGCGGCUCCGACGCCAUUUUGUUCUCGCUACUUCAGGCAGGGCGGCCGGCCGGGCUGGGCUCUAUGGUGCCGUCGCUGGCCUGAGGGGACUGCUGGCCCGCUGCACUAUGGAGCCCUGCCCGAGAGGAGACCGCAACGCCGCUAGGAGAUCCCGAGCUUCCGCAGGCAGCCGCUGGAUUCCGGCGCCGGAGAAGCGGCCGGGCCGCAGGGAGCGCUGAGGAGCCCCGCUAUGGAGCCGAGGAAGCGGGAGCAGGCGAGCCCCGGGCUCGGCCCGGCCAGCUCCUGGUUAGGACUCACCUGGCUGAAGCUCGGCCCCUGUCCCCCGGCUCCUGCCGUCGCGGCCCAGCCCCAGCUUAGCCCCCCCUUCUCCUGGCUGCGGCUCUUCUCGCAGCUGCUUCCCCCACUGCCCGGUCUCCUCCAGCGGCUGCUGCCCGGCCAGGGGCUGAGCAGCGCCCUGUGCCCCGCGGCGGGGGAGCCUCCCGCGGGGGGCUCUCAGGCCGCGCCUCUUCUGCUGCUGUCCGAGGCCGCCGCCUCACUGAGUUGGGCCGACGGGGAGCUGCACUGGCCGGACGACGCCCCGGAGAUGCGCCGGAAGAGUGGCCUGGAGUCUGCCCAGCCGCUGUGGGGAGCUGGGCUGGUGCGGACCGGCCUGGCCCCGCUCAGUGUCCGGCAAGUGGACCUGGUCUCCUACAUGCUGGGCCCCGGCGGCAGUCUGGGGUCCGGCUACGGCCAAGCCUGCUGCACCGACAAGAGCCACCUGCCCCAGCCCUUGAGCGCCGAGCUCCCCGCGGACGGCUGGCGGGGACCCCCAUCCCGGGAGGGGCUCCCCGAAAUCCAGCACGUGCGCACCAAGCGCCUGGAGUUCCUCCAGCAGCAACAGCUGGCGACUAAUUGCUUGGCCGUGCCUGACCCGGACCACGGCUACCACAGCCUGGAGGAGGAACAGCAGCACAGGGGUAACGGCCAAGAGGAUCUAAAGCAGAAGUGUGAUGCCUGGGAGCUGAGAGGCCGUGAGGAACUGCCUGAGCACAGCAUAGUGGGGCAAGCUGAAGAGAGCCCCCUGGAACAGGCAGUAUGGAGUCCUGAGAAGGAGGCAGCUGAGGAAAAGACCCUCUCGGAAGAGGCUGAAGAUGAGGAUUCUGAUAUAGAGCAAGACCUGCCAGUGUCAUCCAGGCCUGCCUGCGCUAACAAACUGAUAGACUACAUUAUCAGGGGCAGUUCCAGUGGAGAGGAAAGUUCAGAGGGUGAGGAAGACUGGGAUGGGGAUGAUGAUGGGUUUGAUAGCGAGGGGUCCCUUUCAGAUUCAGACUCUACUAGCCAGGAUAGUGAGAGCCAGCACCUCUGGAACUCCUUCUGCAGUUUGGAUCCUUACAACCCUCAGAACUUUACAGCUGCCAUUCGAACUGCUGUUAAUUCAGAGAAGGAUUUGUCUGAUGAGUCGUAUGUAGAGGACGAUUCUUCAUGGGCCGAAAGCCUUCCUGGCUCGCCUGCCCUCAGUUCUGAAGAGGAUGAUGAAUGGGAGUGUAAUAGUGCAGAUGAGGAAGAUAAUUUGGAACUUUGGAACUCAUUCUGUAACUCAGAUGAUCCCUAUAACCCUUUCAAUUUCAAGGCACCAUUUCAAACUGCAAAAAAGAAAGGGAAGCAUGACUUAGAAGGAGCAUCGGGGCUGUGUUUGGUCAGCUCUCAGUGCAAUCUCUUAUUCACCUGUCAGGUGCAGCUGCUGGAGAACCAUAACUGUGGGGUCACAGAUACUGUGCAGCAUGGCAUUCUUUUUGGAGAGAAACAUACAAAUACCAAGAGAAAAAAGGUAACAUUCCUUGAAGAAGUUACUGAGUAUUAUGUAAGCAGUGAAGAAGAUCGGAAAGGACCCUGGGAAGAACUUGCACGGGAUGGGUGCAGGUUCCAGAAACGAAUUCAAGAAACAGAAGAUGCUAUUGGAUACUGCUUAACUGUAGAGCAUAGACAGAGGAUAUUUAAUAGACUCCAGGAAACAUACUAUAAAAUGCUUGAUGAUUUCUAGUCCCCUAAAUUUGGUAGCCCUGUUACCCUACUGUUCCUAUAACUGGGAGCUAAGCAUAACUUUAAUACUGCUUCCAAAUUUAAUGUUCAGCCAAUAAAAUAUACCUAAUUUUGUCCAGAUUUGAUAUGGAAACAAAAAAUACCUUGGUCACUUGAAGAAUAAGAGUGGUGUAAUUGUAUUGCUCUUAAAGCAGUUUGUAUCUCAACUGUUUAGGUAAAAUCAGACCAUAAAUGCCUUUUAUACAUACCAUCCGUCGCUACUACCGAUUGGAUGGUUUAGUGAGGUCCUCGGAUCGGCCCUGCCAGGAUCGGUCAUGGCCCUGGUGCAGUGCUGAGAAGAUGGUCGAACUUGACUAUCUAGGGCAAGUAAAAGUCGUAACAAGGUUGCCAUAGGUGAACUUAAUGAAGGAUCAUUAAUGGGGUGCAUGGGGAGAGACGGGACCGGGCUGGGCAACUGACCCUGGACCAGGGGGAUGGAACUCAAUGCAGGUGUGUGGCCGGGAUGGCGCAUGGGGGGGAGUCGGUGGCCCCAGUCACGUCUGCCUCCCAGGCAUGCUGGGAACAGUAAAACUCCAGAUCCCUGGGAGAGGGCAAGGCCACAGCAGCAGUUUCUCAGCGGGCCUUCUGGGACGAUGUCCCCUGAGGUCACAUGGAGCUGCCUGGCCGGGGCCGGGCACCACUCCCUGUGCUGUCCGUCUCUGCCUGCCUACUCUGUAGGUUGGAAGCGGGGGGGAUGGGGCACCCCAGAGGGAUUGGAACCGUUUCCCUCACCCAGGAGCUAGGCACCUAGCGCUCUCUGUGAGCUUCGUGGCCCAGAGGAGGCGGUGGUUCAAAGACUUGGGCGGCUUUUGGUGGGCCGUGGCCACCAGUGGGGGGAGGGUGGAAGCUGGACUGCCGAGGAGGGAAGGAUGUCUGAGGAUGCCCAUUCCACCUACCCCUAUCCCUAUCUCCCCAGGUCCAUGAGAAGCCCAGGAUGGAGAGGGGCUACCCUGCCUCCCUCUCUGCAAUGUCUUUGUCUCUCUGUCUGCCAUAUGUAGGAGAAGGGUGGCAAUUAAAUUGGAAUUUUGCACUUUUGAAAAAACAAGAGUCUGAAAUAUUUAUAGGGUUCACAACCCAAUGAUUGCAGUUCUGAUUUAAAGUUUGAAUAGGUAGUUGCAGCAGUUCAGUUGUCUGUCUUUUUCCCAACUUCUGUAAAACAAAUUUGUUGUUUUGCCUGCUAAUUGUAUCAGUUAACAGGGCUCUGUCUCCUUCUCAAGAAUUCAGUUUUGCUUAUCAGGUUUUUUCUUUGUUACAUAACACUUUUGAUUAUGUAUUUAAAUAUUUUGAUCUGAAGAUGGAUCUCAGGAGAGCUGAAAAAACUACCAGUGCUGCUGCUCUUGUGUUUUCUAAAUAUAAAAUUCUUGCCUGGUACUUAUCAAAGCUAGUUGUGCAGUAGGUCCAGGUUCUUUCAGAACUCUGAAAAGCUCUGUUACCCUGAUAAGUAUAUGCAACAUGUAGUACAUGUACUGAUGUUGAGGGUGACAGUCUGAGCCUAGACUGUUAUGGGCAGUCAACUGCUGGUUAUGCUUUAGUUUUCACUUUAAAAGCUUAUGGCAUUUGACCUGCAAAGGACAGUGAAAAGUGGAAUUCUACAUCAGGUUCUUGGCCUUUUGAACCAACUCAACAAGCUCUAAAGCUACACCCAAGUACAUACUUUCUUUACAGAAAAUCAGUAUUAAUACCACCCUGCCUCAGCACUUUCACUUAACUGAUAGUAUAACACCAUAUACAUGGAAGCUGACCGUUAAGAUGUCUCCAGUUGAAGAAAAAUGCAUUCUUUAGUUGCAUUCUAAGUUUACUAUUUCAACCGGAAGCUAUUUAUUGUUUUAAACUAGUAGUAAUCUUCCUUUAUUUGAAUGAAGUUGAAUAUUGCUCAACUUUUGGCAUUUCAGCUUCUAGCAAUUCAAGAAAUGAUUUCAGGUCAAAUUUAAACCCAAAAUUGGGUUAUGUAAAAACCUAGAAAACAUAAAGCUAGUAGAACUGCUUCCAUGAUUAAAAAAAAAAAAAAUUCCAAUGGCAACAACUCUUAAAACACCAGUUUCUCUUCAGUGCUUGCAAACAAACCAGUGUGAUAGUGAGAGGAAGGAUGGUCUUGUGGUUAAAGCACACGAGAUCCAGUUCUUUUCCCAGAUCUGCCAGUCUCCCUCUAGCUUCAGACAAGUCACUUUUUGCCUUGAUUUCUCUGUAAAAUUAAGAAUGCUCCCUUACCUCACAAGGGUUGUGUAAGGCUUUAAUUCGUUAGUGUUGUGAGAUCAUGUGAAAGCAUUAUAGGAAUACAAAUAUUGACUCGGUGAAAGAACUAGAAAGGAGCUAAAAAGUGAAGCUGACUAGUGGGUUUUCAUUGUCCCUAAUUAAGUAAAAUUAGACUAAAAUUCUAAGUUUUUAAUAUGUAAGGAAUCUGCUUAAUUUUUAACCUGACAGCAUCUCAAUCUUUUUCCAUACAUCAUCAUCAUCAUCAUCAUAGCAAUAAACAUAGUUUUCAUUGAGGCACAUAUCUACAUAAGCACUUCAAACUAAAUUGCUGUCCCCUUCAAAGUAUCCGCUGCAAAAAGGAAAUGGGGGAUUCUGGCACUAAACUCUCAGCCGUAGAAAUCCAAUAUAAAAUCCCUAAACAAAAGCAAACCAAUUUUAGUCUUCUUUUCGCUUUCCUUUCCCUACAGCAUAUCUUAAAAUGGUAAUGAAGGAUGUGGAAGGCUGUUUUUUGUAUGUAUAAGUGUUUCACUUAAGAACACCUAUUAAUUUUAAACUUUAAAUCAAAACUGUAAUUAUCAGAUUUUAUUUUUAUAUAAUUUUAGAGAGGUGAAGUUAGAAGCCCGACAACCUUCUAAAUUGGCUUUAUACAGAUUUUAAUUGAUUUGCUUGUAUCCAAUUUGUUGGGUUUUUAUAUGUUAUAUUUCUGUAUAUAAUAAAAUUAUUCAGAACUAAUCUGUAAAUUGAAAUAAAGAUAUUUGCAAGAUAGUG